AGAGCCGAAGAUGUUGGCUCGGUCAUGUGAUCAACUGUGUCCAAUCACAGCUGAUCACAUGGGACAUGUACACAGAUCAUCAGAGCACUGAUGAUCAGUCUGUCCUGAUAAUCUGUGUAGCCCCAGCAGCGCCACCUAUCAGUGUCCAUCAGUGCCAGCUCUCAGUGCUAAUCCAUGCCACCUGCCAGUGCCCAUCAGUGCCACAUUUUAGUGCCAAUCAGUGCUACAUCAAUGCUACAUAUCAGUGCCCAUCUGAGCUGCCUUUCAGUGUCACCCAUCAGUGCCAGUCAGUGCCACAUAUUAAUGCCAGUCAGUGCCACCUAUCAGUGCUGCCAAUCAGUGCCACCUACCAGUGCCAGUCAGUGCCUCCUAUCAGUGCCCGUCAGUGCCGCCUAACAGUGCCAGUCAGUGCCACCUAACAGUGCC